UCUCUCUCACUCUCAUAAUGAGCCCCCGCUUUACCUUCUCUCUCUUCAUUGCCCUAUGGUUUCUCUCCGCCCACCCAACCACCGCCAAAGACUACCUCAAGCUUCCCUUACUCCACAAAACCCCAUCUCCUUCCCCCACCCAAACCCUCCUCUCCGACAUUCACCGCCUCCACCACCACCAUAAAACCCGAAAGAGCUCCGUCAAGUCACCCGUAGUCUCCGGAGCUCCGUCUGGCUCCGGCCAGUACUUCGUGGAGCUUCGCUUAGGCUCCCCACCCCAACCCCUCCUCCUCGUCGCCGACACCGGGAGUGACCUCCUCUGGUUAACGUGCUCCGCCUGCCGCCACAACUGCUCCUUCUUCCAUUCUCCGGGCUCCACAUUCUUGGCCCGCCACUCUUCUUCUUUCUCCCCCUACCAUUGCUUCGACUCCGAAUGUCGACUCGUCCCCCAUCCCGACCCCAACCUCUGCAACCGUUCCCGGCUCCACAGCCCUUGUCGUUACCAAUAUUCUUACUCCGAUGGCUCCACGACCAGCGGCUUCUUCUCUAAGGACACGAUCACCUUAAACACUAGCUCCGGUAGGGAAGCCAGGCUUGAGCAGCUCUCUUUUGGGUGCGGGUUCCAGAUCUCCGGUCCAAGCGUCUCCGGCGCCAGCUUCAACGGGGCUCAUGGAGUGAUAGGAUUAGGCCGUGGCGCUAUUUCCUUCGCUUCUCAACUUGGCCGGCGUUUCGGCGAUAAGUUCUCUUAUUGCCUCAUGGACAUCACCUUAUCUCCACCUCCGACGAGCUAUCUCAUCAUCGGCGACGAAAAAAACACCGUUUCAAGUAACCCCAAAAUGAGCUUCACUCCAUUACUCAUCAACCCAUUGUCUCCCACAUUUUACUACAUUGAGAUCAAAAGCGUGAAAAUCAACAACGCCAAACUGCGGAUCGAUCCUUCCGUUUGGUCCCUCGACGAGGUCGGAAACGGCGGCACCAUCGUGGACUCGGGAACCACUUUAACAUUUGUACCCGAAGCAGCCUAUGUUAAGAUAUUAGCAGCGAUUAAACGAAGAGUGAAGCUACCGAGUCCGAGAGAGGCAACACCGGGUUUCGACUUGUGUUUCAAUGUAACAGGUGAGGCAAGGCCGAAGCUGCCGAGGCUGAGUUUGGAACUGAGUGGAGGGUCCGUGUUAAAGCCGCCGCCGAGGAAUUAUUUCAUCGACACGGAGGAAGGGAUCAAGUGCUUGGCGGUGCAGCCGGUUGGCAAAGAAAUGGGGUUUUCGGUAAUAGGGAAUCUGAUGCAACAAGGGUUUUUGUUUGAGUUCGACAGGGACAAGUCGCGCCUCGGGUUUUCGCGUCAUGGUUGCACCUUUGCUUAAAACUCCUCACUGAGUCAACUCGUUUUGUUUGCUUAUUUUAUAUAUAAAAAAAUUAUUUGUGAUGAACAAUAUUUUUUCGG